AGUCAAUUAUUGCUGUUUGUGACUGAGAUCAAACUGCUAAUAAACUCACUGAUGUUCCGAGAAAUAUGAAGAAAUAACAUUUUAUCUCCUCAGAUUUAGGGUUAUAAUUUAAUACUUUUGAAAAAGGUUUUUAUACACUUUUAUGUAUUUCUUUUCUGAGUGAUUGAGGGUUGAUGAGUUCGCUAUAACGUUCAUUCCUACGUACAAUCCUACAGACCGCGCGUAGUUUGCGAUUGGUGACACGACUGCAAAAUCUCAAGCUUUACUGUGCCUGUAUUUUCAAGAAAGAUCCCGAAUUAAGACCAUUGAGUUGCGCAUCAGUUGGAUGGAAACUAAAAUGUCUGGUUUCAGCGCUCUUGGAUUUCCUUAUCCAUUAUAUGUUGUCGACGUUCUGGAUCGAAACUCUUUGGUUGUAGCGGGUGGAGGAGGCUCCGUCAAAACAGGCGUUCCUAAUCGGAUAGAUAUUAUCAAUCUCUAUCGAAAUGGCCAAGAUGCUCCCACUCCUGUUGAUGUACAGAAAUCCGGCGGUUUAGAUACUGGCACAGAAGCUGUUAUGAGUUUAACUGUCGUCAAUCCUGGAGACGGUGGUUUUAUUGCUAGUUUGGAAGGUCAGAAGUGUGUAGAGUACAUUGUACAAUCAAAAGUGAAUCUCGUUGCCUCAUCAGCAAAAUUACUAAAUGUUGAAAAGCCUGCUUCUACUACAGACGUCUUAGAGGAAACAAACUUGCGUCACAGAUCACGAAGGCGUUGCACUGAUGACAAAGAUUCUGGAUUGAAUAAGAUGUCUACCUCAAUGCAGGAUUCUGAUAAGAAAGACAAAAAUAUUAGUCUAAAUGAACCAGUGCCUUUAGAAUGGGAACUAACCAAAGUCCGUGAAUACACACUUAUGGAACAGAUUUCUUCUUCAGCUGACGAUUCUGGCUCUGAAUCACCAUCGGGAUCUGCACCGAAAAGUCUGUCCGGAAUGCCUACAUGUGUAACGCAUGGUGGACCUGCUGGUACUUGGUUAGCUAUUGGUUCUGAUAGUGGAUCUGUCUUUCUUAUCAAUCGUCAUAUUCAACAACGUUUUCUUGACGAAAAGCAAUUAGGUGAUAGUCCAUAUCAGUCACUGAUUGUAUAUCCAGAUGUUAGUGGUGGUUUAUCAACCGGUGUUUGCAGUAUGACUUUUUCACAUGGAUCUACAUGUAAACAAGAUGAUUCUACUUCAUAUCCCCUAUUAGCUACAAUAUGUGAUAGACCUGAUUGGAGUACAUUAAGAGUAUGGUGUACUAAUAUUAAUCUCUAUCCAAAAUCAUUUCUAUUUUUAAAUGAUAUUCAAUCAAUACGUUCAACAUUGAAUUCACACCAACAACUAAUCAAAUUAAAAACGAACACUUCAAAAAGAAAUUCUAGUAAUGAAAGAGGUAUUCGAAUGAAAACUUUCAUAUCUAAUUCAGAUAAUAAUGAUAAUUCAUUUAAAAUUCAAGAUGAUAUUUUAUUUAGUCAAUCAAUGGAAAAAUAUCCAUAUGCAAUUGCUUCUUGUAGUUCUUUAUCAUUUCAUGGAACUACACCACCACCAUCACCAAAUCUUGUAUCUACAUCGAAUAAAGUAACAUCAGAACGUUCUUCGGAUCGUUCUAAUUAUCGCUUCAGACAUUGUCAGUUUAUGAAAUAUUCUCUCAAAUCUCCAAUUUCAUCAAAUCAAUCUUUAUCUUCCUCUGAAGGUUUAAAGACCAGUGAAAGUUAUACUGUCGAAUCUAUGCUUGUUACUACGAUUCAGCCUUUGUGUGCAAAUCGUCGGAGUUUUAGUCGUUUAGUUGUAUGGUCAGUACCACAUCCUUCAGAGGCAGCAACCAAUGAAUCGUUAUCAUCAAAUAAUAUAAAAAUGCAUCAACCAAUUCAACUCAAAACUUUUGCAGAAAUUACUCUACCUCAAGGACAUUUGCCUGCUUGUCUAGCUGUUCAUCCAAGUCGAUCACGAGGCUUAAUUGGUGUGGGCACUAUGGAAGGACGUGUUGAUGUGUAUUUUUUAUCACCGUCAAAUCAUUGUUUAAUCAAUAUUUACACACUGAAUAAUGCACAUCCAAUAUUUGUUACUGCUUUAACUUUCUUACGAGAAGAUUCAUGUAUAUUGGGUAGAACAUCUCAAAAAUCAAUAUCUUAUCUUCCUUUAAAAUCAGAUUCAUUUGAUUUAGUUAGUGUCAGUGUAGAUCGUCUUGUUAAAUGGCAUCAUGGUCCAACUUAUUCAACUAUUGGUAAAUUAUCACAUGGUAUAAUCAAUUCAAAUCAUAAUGUUAGUUUAUUAAAAAGGAUUAUCCAUCCAAAAAUAUUUAUCUAUGUAUUAUGCUUGUUCAGUAUAUUAUUUUUACCAAUAUUAAUGGUAAUUCUUGAAUCUGUAUUAUCUAACUUUUAAUGAUUCUUCUAUUUUUCUGUACUAGUUAAGAUUUCUUCUUGUUUCUGUGUUGCUUGUUGAUUUCUUUUCUUUUUGUGUACCGCUGUUCAUCGACUUCAGCUCCCUCCCCUGUCUCUCUCUCUCUCUCUCUCUCUCUCUCUCUCUCUCU